GAUAAUGAAAUAGUUGUCUAAUCUGAUUUCAAAAAUGAAGAUAAUAUUGAAAGUAGGAACAAUUACGCUAUCAUUCGCUAUCACAUUAGAUUGUGUAACGCCGGAAUUAAUAAAUCCCCAAAUAAUACAAAAUUCCUCCAUGAAAUUUCUGAGAAUCAAAGUGUUUCAAUAUUUACCUUAGAUUAAUGCACCGAUUUCGCACUGUCCGUCUCUAGAUCACAGGCGUUCCUAUUAUUUAUUCUAGAUUAGAUAUAUUGGAUCAGGUGUGAACCACACAUGGUGGUACAUCAGUGACCCUCUAAAAUGUAUCAUGGUGUGGACCAGAAAAAGCGAACAAACCCCAAAGAAAAAGCAAAUUUGUUCUCACUGAUCACUUUUUUCUUCACGCACGACUUGCUCAAAAAGGGCUACAAAAAUGAUUUCGUCGAAGAAGACGUUUACGAGGUUUUGCAUAAAUUUAGAUCAUCGAAACUGGGAGAUACGUUAGAAGAACAGUGGGCGAAGGAACAGAAACGGAAGAACCCGUCAGUGUAUCGGCUCUUAUGGGCCUGUUAUGGCAAAUAUUAUCUCUUUCUGGGCUUCAUCCAGUUAGGGAUGAAGAUUUGUGUUUUAGCGAUUCAACCAAAUGCUUUAGGGAAGUUCGUCUCGUAUUUCACUUCGUCCACCAAACUUACAAGAGCGGAUGCCAUUUAUUACGCUUGUGUUUUGAUCGCGAUAAACAUCAUUAACACCACCUAUGGCCACAAUUACAUGUUCCAUAUUAUGGAGCUAGGAGUCCGUAUCAAGACGGCUUUCUGCUCCCUCAUCUACCGCAAGUCUUUAAAAUUAACUUCUUCGUCAUUGUCUGCGACAAGUGUGGGAAAAAUCGUAACACUUGUCACAAAAGACGUGACAAAUUUCGAAAAUGCGAUAAUUUUCAUGAACGACAUGUGGAUCAGUUUGAUACUCCUUGUGUUGACAUCCUGGAUGAUGUAUAAGAAAAUCGGAGUGGCGGCUUUGGCCGGAGUUCUCUUCCUAGUGCUGAUAAUACCCUUGCAAGUUCUGUUUGGGAAACUGACCACGACCCUGAGACUCAAAGCCAGCAAAGUGACCGAUCAGCGGAUCCAACUGACUCAAGAGAUCCUCUCCGCCAUAAAAACCAUCAAAAUGUACACUUGGGAGCGCUUUUUCGGCGAGAAAAUCUCCAAAGCCCGCGAAAAGGAAGUGACAAAAGUCAAGCAAAUUUUUUUCUCCAAAGCCACGUCCCUGGUCAUCGGUGGCUUGGUCAUCAGCGUCACUUUCUACAUCAUCGUGAUAACGUACAUCCAAAUGGGGAACUACUUCACGGCCGAAGUGGCCGUGUUCUUGAACGGCUGUUUGCACAUAUUACGCUCCUCAGUCACGAUUUCCAUCCCAAUAGGAAUCGCCCAAACGGCCGAACUGAUCGCUUCUGUCAACCGAAUUCGCAAAUUUCUCACAGCUGACGAGCAACCGCAAACGAGCACCGAGUCAGACUCAAAACCCAUAAUCGAAUUAAAACAGGUCGCUGUUGAAGUCAACAAAAUCCCGAUCUUGCACAAUGUUAACCUGACGUUCAAGUCCGGCUUGAAUUUUAUUACCGGCAAGCUCGGAGGUGGCAAAAGCUCGCUCUUGAAGACCAUCCUCCGGGAUUACCCCACUUGUGCCGGGAGUCUGACCAUUCACGGCACCGUGUCGUAUGCCUCGGAGGAACCGUGGCUGUUCCCGUCGUCCAUCCGCCAAAACAUUCUAUUCGGCCAGAAAUACAACCCAGAGCGGUACAAUAAAGUCCUCCAAGUGUGUGCCUUGGAGCAAGACUUUGACACUUUCGAAAAGGGGGACAGUACCAUCGUGGACGACCGCGGAAUGAAUUUGAGCAAAGGCCAGCAAGCCAGGAUCAGUCUGGCCAGAGCUGUGUACUGCGACAGCGAUAUUUACUUACUAGACGACUGUUUGUCGUCUCUGGAUACUCAAGUCCAGGAGUACGUCUUCAGGGAGUGUGUCAAGACGUUCCUCAAGGACAAAAUCGUUGUUAUGAUUUCGCACAACGAGCGCCAAAUCAAAGACGGUGAUUGUGUGGUCAUUAUGGAAGGUGGUACCGUAAAAUCGUGUUUGAAACCGUCCGAAAUACGCGACGAAGAAAUCGAAGAACUGGUCCGUGAAGACGACAAAGGUGUCGAAGACGAUAUUAUCGACAACAUCGUGCUGGAAAACGACGAGUCACGCGAAGACACCAAACUAAUAGACAAACCGAAACACAACAUCUACAGUGAGCAGAAGAAAGAGGGGAAGGUCGAUUUUGGAGUUUACCGAAAGUACUUCACACAUGGCGGCUCACUGUUCGUUUUGUUUUUGAUAAUCCUACUGUUUGUUUCGGCCCAAAGUGCGAGUAUUUUUUCAGAGAACUGUGUCAAGAACUGGAUUAACUUGCAACAAAACAUAUCGGACUACAAGUUCAACGCUUCCAACAUUUCCGAAACCGAAUAUCACACCCUGAUUAGGAAAAACACCAAAGUUAUCAACAUGUAUACCGCUGCUAUUAUCACUUCCACAGUGCUGUUGCUCUUAAGGGCGUUCGCCCUUUUUGCGUUUGCCACGCGGGCCUCAGUUGCCCUUCACAAAGCAAUGGCCUUGUCGGUGGUCAACGCCACAAUGAAAUUUUUCGACUUGCACUACAUCGGGAAUAUUUUGAACCGCUUUUCCAAAGACCUUGCAAUGAUUGACGAGAUUUUACCCCACACUCUCUAUGAAUGCUUUCGGAUGAUUUGCUUCAUCAGUGGCGUCUUAAUUUUGAUUCUAAUAGUCAGAGCUUUGUUCAUCAUCCCCAUUUGUAUCAUGGCUGCUUUACUUUUCAUCCUGAGGAAAUAUUAUUUGCCAACUGGGAGAAGUCUCAAAAGACUGGAAUCAGCAACACGUAGUCCAUUCAUUGGGCAUCUGAAUGCCUCUUUGGAAGGCCUCACUAUAAUUAGGGCCUACCGCACUGAGGACAUUCUGCGAGAAGAGUUCGACAAACACCAGGACCUUUACACUUCAACCUUCUACAUGAUGCAGUGCACAGCACGAGCAUUUGCCUAUUUCGCAGACAUGAUCUGUAGCCUCUUCAUGGCCAUUAUAAUAACCUGGCUCUUAAUUACGAGAUCAGAUUCCCUGCCUGGGAACGUCACUUUGGCCAUAACGCAGGCCCUUGGCUUGACCGGCCUGCUCCAGUGGGCGAUAAGACAGUGGGCAGAGCUAGAGAACUACAUGACUUCAGUGGAGAGAGUCCUAGAAUACGCAAACGUGGAGACGGAAAACCGAGCUGGCCAGGUGUUGGACGACUGGCCCACAGGUGGCAAAAUCACCUACCAGAGGGUUAACUUAACGUACGGCAAGUCGAAAGAAUUUGUCUUGAAAGACAUCACUUUUGCGAUAAAUCCGCGCGAGAAAAUCGGCAUUGUUGGACGCACAGGUGCUGGGAAAAGCUCGCUGAUUUCGACUCUCUUCCGCUUGUACCGAUGCGAAGGGGCAAUUGCCAUAGACGACGUCGAUAUUAAAACCCUCUCUUUGGAUUUUCUGCGGUCGAACAUCGCCAUUAUCCCUCAGGAUCCCGUUUUGUUCAGCGGGACAAUCCGCAGCAAUAUUGAUCCAAUCGGCCUCCACACGGACGAGGAGAUUUGGAAGGCGGUCACGACCGCGAAUUUGAAGACUUUGGUUACAAGUCUGGACUAUGAAAUAACCGAAAGUGGGUCCAAUUACAGCUCUGGGCAAAGGCAACUGAUUUGCUUGGCGCGGGCGAUCAUCAGCAAGUGCAAAAUUAUCAUUCUGGAUGAAGCGACAGCGAACGUGGAUCCCGAGACGGAUGUGAUGAUCUACUCGAUUAUCCAGGAGAAUUUCGCGUCUUGCACGGUUUUGACCAUCGCGCAUAGACUGCAUACUGUUAUGUAUUCCGACAGAGUAAUGGUUGUGGAUAAGGGAGAAAUCGUGGAGUUUGAUAGUCCCAGUGUUUUGCUUAGCAAUCAAGACGGAUUUUUCUACAAGAUGAUUCAGCAAGCCAACUUGUUGAAGUAAUUUUAGGUUUAUGGUUUUUCGUAAAUGUGAUUUCUGAGCAGUUUUGUACUUAGCAGUAAUAAAGAAUUUAAAGUAA